CUACAAUACAGCCAGAGCUUCUCUGAUUGGCUGAUUUGGCUGCAACGUCACAACCCUUCCUGUUUUGUAACAUUCAAUUGAGCACGUUAUCAAACAAGAGUUUUUCAGUACAUACCGUCGGAGUUGUAUUAGUUAAGGAUCAUCAUGUCUCACAUCUGCAUUCACUGGUUCCGUAAGGGACUCAGGCUGCAUGACAACCCAGCACUGGUGGCUGCUCUCAGGGACUGUAAGGAGCUCUACCCUGUGUUCCUCCUGGACCCGUACCUCCAUAACAAUGACUGUAUGGGCACCAAUCGUUGGAGAUUCCUCAUCGGAUCCCUCAAAGACCUGGACUGCAGCUUGAGGAAGCUCAACACCAGGCUGUUUGUCAUCAGAGGCAAACCAGAGGACGUGUUCCCAAAGCUUUUCAACAAGUGGAAAGUAACAAAGUUAACCUACGAGUACGACACAGAGCCUUACAGCCUGAGUCGGGACAAGAAAGUAACAGAACUGGCCAAAGAACAUGAAGUCGAAGUCAUAUAUAAAAUCUCACAUACUCUUUAUGAUAUAGACAGGAUAAUAGAGGAGAAUGAUGGCAAGGCUCCUCUUACUUAUAACCGAAUGCAGGCAAUAGUGAAAUCUCUUGGCCCCCCAAAGAAACCAGUCCCGGCACCAACCAUGGAAGACAUGACAGAGGUGAAGACCCCUUGCUUAGAAAACCAUGAGAAGAAACAUGGCAUCCCUGCACUGGAGGAGCUUUGUCAGGACACUGCAGCUCUUGAUGAGGAGCUGUUUCCAGGAGGAGAACAGGAGGCUCUAAGGAGACUUGAUGAACAUAUGAAAAGAACGGGAUGGGUGUGUAAAUUUGAAAAGCCCCAAACAUCUCCAAACUCGUUGAGCCCCAGCACCACAGUUCUUAGUCCGUAUGUCACCAUUGGCUGCUUGUCUGCACGAACCUUCUGGUGGAGGCUGACGGAGGUUUAUCGGGGGAACAAACACUCAGAUCCCCCAGUUUCCCUGCAUGGUCAGUUACUGUGGAGAGAGUUCUUCUACACAGCUAGUGUGGGAAUCCCAAACUUCAACAAGAUGGAGGGCAACACUGUAUGUACUCAAGUGGACUGGGACACUAACUCUGAAUACCUGGCUGCUUGGAGAGAGGCUCGCACUGGUUUCCCCUUCAUUGAUGCCAUCAUGACUCAGCUCAGACAGGAGGGCUGGAUCCACCACCUGGCCAGACAUGCGGUGGCCUGUUUUCUCACUAGGGGAGACCUGUGGAUCAGCUGGGAAGAAGGACAGAAGGUGUUUGAGAAGCUUUUAUUGGAUGGUGACUGGGCUCUGAAUGCUGGGAACUGGCAGUGGCUCUCAGCGAGUACCUUCUUCCAUCAGUUCUUCAGGAUUUACUCCCCUGUCGCCUUUGGAAAGAAGACGGACAAACAUGGAGACUACAUCAAGAAGUACCUUCCUCUCCUAAAGAAGUUCCCAGCUGAAUACAUCUAUGAGCCUUGGAAAGCUCCUCGCAGUGUCCAGCAGGCAGCAGGAUGCAUUGUGGGUAAAGACUAUCCACAGCCUAUCGUACAGCAUGAGGUGAUCAGCAAGAAGAAUAUCCAGAGGAUGAAGUUAGCUUAUGCCAAGAGGUCCGCAGACAAAACUGCAUCACCCAGCAAAAAGCAAGGUGUAAAGCGCAAGACAUCUGUUGUUGACAUGCUGAAGAAAAACAAAAGAUGAAAGGCAAACGGUUCAUUCAAGUAACAUAAAUGAUGACAGCUGGAUACAGAUAACACAGGUUUUGGUUUUGGUCAGUUAGACUUUUCUUAUGUGGACCCUACAUUGUUUACAUUUUUUUUCCCUUUUUUAUUGUUAUUGAUUUCAGAUCUGAUCAAUUAUAUUAGGCCAACUACAAAUACUUGUACUAACCUUUUAAUUACACCGUAUCUCAUAUCUCCUCAGGUGUUUGUACACUGCCUGGCCAAAAAAGUCACACACUUGAAUAUUUGUCAGACCGUCUUUAGCUUGAACAUGCCUCUGCCAUGGCAUCGCUUCAAUAGGCUUAUGCAAUGUCACGAUAUCUUUUUUUCAUCCACGGUCGCAUACAUUUUUCUUCAAUAGCUUGUAUUUAUGAUGGGGUUGAACUGCUGAAGCAAAGAUUCUAAUCCAUGUGUGAAAAUGAUGUCUCAUGUUCCCCAAGUUACUCUAUACUAAUUGAGCCUGAUGAACCCUGGCAUUGUCGUCUUGGAAUAUCCCUGAGAAUCUUGGUCGUUCAGUAUGUUAUUGUCGUCCGUUGAACUCGUUUUUUGGGCACAUAAUGUUGCUGAAUCUAGACCUGAACAACUGAAGCAAACCCAGAUUAUAACACUGCCCCCAUAGUACGCACGAUGCGAACCAUGUGACUUUUUUGGCCAGGCGGUUUACAUUUUUAAAGUGAUAAUGUGAGAUAAUCUUUUAAUUCAUAGCCAAAUUGGCACUGUCUAUGGUAUGAUAAUUCAAUUAAAAAUAAUGUUCCACAUUUCA